AUGGCUGCUCUGAUUCGCGAUUCGGCCUUUGGUGUAUUAGUACGAUGGAUAACGAAGCGCAAGCUUCUAAAAUAUCCUGAUGAAAAGGCAGAAUUUCAUUAUCGAGAGCUGUAUAUGAAUGACGGCCGCAGAGAAUCAACACCGCCUCCAAGUUCAAGGACCGUCAAUCAUUCCCAAGAGGAUCUCAGAAAUAAUGAGCAAAGUCCCCCGGUCGUGGCGGCAUCUGAAGAAACAAGGUCACUUUCGACAGAAGAAGAAAGCAUGCUUGAUCUUGACAGCGAGGCGCUAUCCAAAAUUGUUUCUCGGCCUCGGAUGUCGCAUGUUGAAUCGUACGCCACCCUAGAAAAAGCAUAUACGGAUGCAGCAUUGCAAGCAAACGCGAGAGCGCAACAUUCCACGAUCCAGCCUAGGAAACUAGAGAAUGGAACUAUUCUGGUUGACUGGUACGCAACUGAUGAUGAUGAAAAUCCACAAAAUUGGUCGUCCCGGAAGAAACUCUUUGUUAUGCUCCAAAUUUAUCUCUAUACACUCUCUGUGUAUAUUGGGUCCGCUAUCAUAACACCGUCUCAGCCAUUUAUUGAACAUCAAUUCGGGGUCACGCCAGAGGUUGCAUCAAUGGGCCUUUCUCUCUAUGUUCUUGGGUAUGGCAUCGGGCCACUAAUCCUUUCCCCUCUCUCUGAGAUUCCAGUCAUUGGCCGUAAUCCACCAUAUAUAAUCAGUUUUGGCAUCUUUGUUGCAAUCUCAGCUGGUACCGCUGUCGUCAAUAACUUCCCGGCAUUGAUUGUUUUGCGUUUUCUACAGGGAUUCUUUGGCUCUCCAUGUUUAGCGACUGGGGGCGCAAGCCUUGGUGAUAUCUAUAACCUCAUCAAGCUGCCAUAUGCACUGACUGGCUGGGCUGCAUUCGCGACUGCUGGCCCAGCACUCGGUCCUAUCAUCUCAGGCUUCUCAGUCCCGGCUACAAAUUGGCACUGGUCAUUGUGGGAGAUUCUCUGGCUUGCCAGCCCUGUCUUUGUACUCAUGUUCUUUUGUCUGCCAGAGACAUCUACGGCAACGAUUCUACUCCGGCGUGCUAGGCGUCUCCGUAGAUUGGUCAAAAGUAACAACUUACAUUCCGAAUCAGAAACCGAACAAGCUGCUCUCACUGUCAGCGAAAUCAUCGUGCAGAGCCUGUGGAGGCCCCUUCAAAUUAAUCUGUUCGACCCGUCGGUUCUCUUCACCAGCUUAUACAUUGGCCUUAUGUACGGAAUUUUUUACUCCUUUUUUGAAGUGUUUCCGUUCGUCUAUGCUACGGGCCUCCCUGGUCUCGCGUCUCCGACUAAUGGUUAUGGAAUGAAUGCUGGUCAGGUCGGUCUUAUUUUCCUCUCUGUUAGUGUUGGUGUUUCCAUUGCAAUAUUUUGCUAUGUCGGGUAUCUAUGGUUCGUCUUUGAACCCGAAGUUAAAACACAGGGGUUGGGUGAGCCAGAGCGUCGUCUUGUCUGCGGUCUUCCUGCUAGCUUUCUUGUCCCCAUGGGCCUAUUUAUGUUUGGCUGGACAGGAAACUCCAGCCCAGAAAUACCGUGGAUCGUUCCGACUAUCGGUAUAACAAUCGUUGUCAUUGGCAUAUUUAUCAUCUUUCAGGUCGUCUUCAUUUAUAUUGCGCUUGCUUAUCCCAGGUAUAGCGCCAGUUUAUUUGCAGCAAAUGACUUUGUGCGGAGCAGCGUCGCUUGUGGCGCAAUUCAUUUUUCGCGGCCACUAUUUAUAAAUCUGGGUGUCGGGAAAGGGGUCAGCUUGUUAGCUGGAUUGAGCUGUGCGGGUGUGAUCGGGAUAUUCGUGCUCUAUUUCUACGGAGGAGCUUUGAGACGAAGAAGCAGAUUUGCUGCAAAAUAA